AUGCCCGAACAAUCAAAUCUUGAUCUAGAUCUCAUUGUGCUGAACUGUACUUUGGCCACUGCUGAAGACGUUGUGCAAUGUGACAUUGGCGUUAAAGAUGAGAAGAUUCACUCAAUUGUCCCCAAAGGAUCGCUGGCUGAAUCAAAGGCCAAAAAGAUAAUUGAUGCCAAAGGAGCUCUAGUUACGCCAGGAGGGAUUGACGCCCAUGUCCAUCUUCAGGAGCCACCGCUCUUUGGACUCGGCUCCACUGCAGAUACCUUCGAGUCCGGCACCCGCGCCGCGAUUGCAGGAGGUACAACAACAACCGUAGCUUUUGCACCUCAACGGAAGGACGAAGACAGUGUUCUCGCUACUCUAGCUUGCGCUCACGAACGUGCCAAAGACCAAUGUUACAGCGACUACUCGUUCCAUCUGAUCAUCUCCAACCCUUGCACAAAGACACUUGCGGAAUUUCCAGCCUUCCGAGAGAUGGGCAUCUCGUCCGUCAAGAUAUACAUGACCUACGAAGAUUUGCGCCUGAAUGAUGAGCAGUUCCUAGAUGUCUUGUUUCAAUCCCGUCUACACAAGGUUACAACUCUGGUGCAUGCCGAGAAUGACUCUGUGAUUGCAUGGAUGACCAAGAAACUGCAUGAGCGCCAGCUAUACGCACCCAAGUACCAUACAGUCUCUCACCCCGCCGUUGCCGAGAUCGAGGCCAGUUAUCGUGCAAUCUGUCUUUCUGAGUUUAUUGAUACUCCCAUCCUAAUCGUACACGUCUCUAAUCCUCGAGCGGUCGAGAAUAUUCGGCAAGCCCAGGCAAAGGGGCUUCCAAUUUACGCCGAGACCUGUCCUCAAUAUCUGUUUCUCAGCAAGGAAAACCUGGAUUUGCCCGGGCUCGAAGGGGCAAAGUGUGUUUGUAGUCCACCGCUGCGCAACAAAUCCGACCACGAGGCUAUUUGGGCCGGUCUCGAGGACGGAACAUUUACCAUUCUCUCGUCCGACCACAGCCCAUUCAACUUCAAUGACUCGACAUCUGGCAAAGGAUCGAGCGUGACCGCAGAACACCCCGAUGGACAGUUUCACCUAGUUCCCAAUGGAUUCUCUGGUGUCGAGACCCGAAUGCCAUUGGUUCUUUCAGCUAAUCGACUCAAGAUACAACGAUACGUGGAGCUGACUUCCACCAAUCCGGCUAAGUUGUAUGGAAUGUACCCAAGAAAAGGCGCUCUUAUCCCGGAGGUCAGUGAUGCAGACUUUGUCAUCUGGUAUCCCGAUGGGAGUCUUGACAUGACUGUCACCAACGACAUCCUUCAUCAUGACGUCGACUACACUCCAUUUGAGGGACACACGGUAAAGCAGUGGCCGCGCUACACUGUGCUUCGUGGAAAAGUGGUUUGGGACCGGGAGGAUGGAGGAGUCAUAGGCACUCGAGGCUUUGGUCAAUUUUUGCAUCGCACAGAGAGUAUGUUGGCUGGCAGUAGGAGUGAAGGGUCAUGGGAUGUGGAGACUGCGUGGGUUUAA